AUGCGCUCCCAACGACCUCCUCCUAGAGAGGAGCCAAGCCGUGGGACCAACGCCCAAGUUGAAGGCACAAACUGGCGUCAUGGCGACAUCGAGGACAUGCUCAAGACCGUUGCCUUCUUGCACGGCAAGAAAUGGACCAGCAUGCUGGUAAAGCGGACGUACUUUGGCAACUGGCUGCGUGACUACUCCCAAGCGGUAGACGUUGGCUCACUGAAGGGCGUUAACGCGCCGACAAUCCGCAUUCUGGUCUGGGUACUGUCGUUCAUGAGCUUUGGUUACGCCACUGAAGAGUUCGAGGUAACCGAAGAACGCCUUGGUGUGUAUCGGCCUGAAGAGCACAUAGACAACCCGCUUGGCUAUGCAGACGGCAUGGAUGCUCGCAAAUUUGACCAGAGGCUCAGGGGCCCCGUCGACCCGAUAGAGACGGAAAUCGACAUGCGAACCGGCAUGAAGAACUACAUUGCCAAUGAGUCUGGUAGCUGGGCUACCAGCGCUGGGUACUUACGCUUCUCCUUCGCGAGGAGCAUUCACUUUGGCAGGCUCUACACCAGCGGAGGGAGCGGCCGAAGUGGCAAGGAGGCCGACCUCUGCGAGGCUCUGAGGUGCCUUGGUCAGGCCCUACACUGCAUGGAAGACUUCAGUGCGCACAGCAACUACUGCGAGUUGGCUUUGCGAGAACUGGGGUACCACAGCGUUUUCCCACACUGUGGAACUUCCUCUGAGAUCAAUUUGCGCGGGAAGCGUGUCUAUCCUAUCGUGACGGGCACCUUUGGAGGCGUGGAUUUCCUUCAUUCGGUUCUUGGAGAGGCUACUGAUCACUUCACUCAGUCCGAGGUCGACGAGGUUGACAUUGCGCUGAAAAAUGCCGAGAAGGGUGCAUCUGGAGGCGGUAUCAGCCGUGAUGGUCCGACCGGUGACCGUAGUUUGUUCGGCCUCAGCUUUGGCGGCGGUAGCAGCAACGUUGGAAAGGAUUUCAUUUCGAGUAUCUCGGAGCUGCCCGGCGUAGGGUUCGGCUUCGCUGCCGAGGCUCGCAAGCUCCAACAGGCCUCCGCCGACCAGGAACGGCAGAACCAGAGCACCCGAGCGAAUGUGAAUCAGGUUCCAGGCAUGUCGCCGGACUUCGACCCCGUGCAAACAGCAAAGCGUAUCUACCCAAUUCUGGAGUUCCGAGACAAGAUCGUCAAGUCGCUGUCGAACCUCAUCAGCAAGGUUCCUGGCUUGGAGAAGUUGCUGGAGCACAUCAGUGAGACACUCACGGCGUUCGUGCUUGGCCUGCUCGCUCCGUUUGUGCGACCCAUCAUCAACCAGGUGUCGAAGGCGCUCAAGGACGGGAGCUCAGGGGUUAUCAGUGCGAGCGCCAACAAUCAGUUGGAACCUUGGAAGAAUCCCUCCUGCACUGAUCCCACACACUCGAUGCUGUCCAAGGACCAUUUCACCAAUAUCUUGAACCCCUGCGCAGGCAGAGUUGCAUCCACUAUCUUGCAGUACACAGUGCCCCGCGUACUGUAUGCCUGGGAGAACACUGGUGUGCCUGUCGAUGAGGUCGUCAACGACGUCCUCCGAGCAUUCCAUCACCCAGCUAUCCGUGACGAGCACAUCCAGAUCCAAAAGGACAUGUUUGAGACAGUGAGGCAAUGGGCCAACGAGUACUCUCGAAAUCACAACCUCAACAGCACGUUAGGCUCCGAGUCCGUCAAGAAUGGAAAGAACCAUAUCAUCCGCCCGGAUCAGAAGUCCGGCGGGGGACAUAGCCAUGGCGCGAACGACUGGUCCGCUUGGACUAAUGCCUUCGGCGAAGUCGGCCACGGAAAAGUCGCCGGUUCUCUGUGGUCCCAAGUCCAGACGCGAGACCUUGACGCCAUGGAAGGCCGCGACGGCCGACCACAGGAUCAGUACAUGAGCCAGAGCCCCGCGCCGCAACAGUCAAGCCGGCCGUAUGGAUCUUAUGGGUAUGGCCAAUCCGACCAGCCUCCUACUGGAGGAGCUGCCGACGAGUACCUGCGCCCAUCUCAGCCUCCGCAGAACCAGGGACAAUACUACGGACACACGCCUCCACCUCCAAGCCAGUAUUAUAGCGGAGGACCCCCCGGUCCUGGGCCAUAUGGACAGCAGCCGCCGGGACCUCCUGGCCCAUACGGAUAUCCUGCGCAAUCGCAGUACGGUCAAGGCCCUCCACCGCCUGGACCGCCGGGAGGGUACUGGGGCGGCGGUGCGCCACCGCCGCAACAGGGCGGAUAUCCUGGUGCUGGACACGGCCCUGGUGGACAACAAUACCCGCCAGGGCCCUACGGACAGCCCCCACCUGGCCAGGGCGGAUGGGGUGGCUAUCCGCCACGGUACUGA